AUGGUGAAGAAUACUGCGGAUCAACUCACUUCCAUUGAGCAUGGCGCCUUUGAUACAGCGGCACUGCAGCAAGAACUGGCUCAAGCUUUAGAAGACGAUCGUCUCUACAAGCUUACAGAUAGUAUGAAGAAACGCGCCAUCCACACUGCUGCCAACUACGAUGACUUUAAGAACCUUGUGGCGUGUGCCGAUUUGAAACCCAUUUCACAGAAGGAAUUACGUGAUUUCUCUAGGACCGACAGGCAGACCAACAUCGCGUACAAGAAGAAAUCCACUUGGAAGAAAACUGGGAAUGACCGUUGUUUCUCUGCAACCCCAGCACUUGAUGUACCACCUACGGCCGCAGUCGAUUUCUGCCGUAACUGGAGACGAUAUCUCAAGACAACCGACGCAAAAUUAAGAUAUCUGCAACUUACCACACCUGAGCGCCUUGCCGAAAUGUUCAAGCCAGACAUCGACUCGGAUUUAAUGGCAGACAUCGUUGAAGUUUUGGUUGCCUCGUGGUGUCAGAAAUCUGUGGAAACAAACGCAGAAGAACCCGCGUCAGCAACAUUUGCCGUAGCCAUUAUGGCAGCGCUAUCUCGAACGACGCGCUUGUCGCUCAUUCUCGACUUCUUCGAGAACCGUCAAACGGAAAAGGUGCGCGAGCUGUUCAACCUGGUGGAAGGCGCAGAUGAUUUACCCGAACAAGACCUCGAAAUGCUGCAAGGCCUCAAGGACAAGUUCCGACUGCGUUAG